AUGGAUUCAACUCGAACUAUAUCUGAGUUGAAAUCUGCAUUUAUCUGGAGCCAAGUCCGCAUCUUCUCUGAGAGCCUCGAUUUACCCGAAGACUGGCGAAACUAUGCUGCUGAAACCACCGAAGGUGAUCUAAGUGACAAGGUGAUCGAAGAUGUUCUACACAAAGUAAAUGCAGCUGCUAAGCAGCACAAUCGUGUUGUUUAUUCCUCCCAAGCGAUACACCAUGUCGCCCAACAGAUCGCAAACCUGUACUGGUCAUCGGUUAGCCAAGAGGCACGAAGUCGGGAUGCCUUUGCUCGAGGUAUCGAAAAAACAACAGAUUUAUCAAGGGAAAUCAACAUCACAAAGAUGCCUGUCACCUUGGAAAGCCAGGAAGCAAGCGAAGAAGAGCAUACAAGAUACCGGGAGCUCCGUGAGCGGCUCGCGAGUCUCGACAGUCAACGGCAGCAACGGCAACGGCGCCUUGAUCAGUUACAACAUCUUCGACGAUUAGUCGAGCCAUUCAAGGAUCCCCAAAAUGACAUUCAACCCAAUCUUAUUACGAAGGAUGGAGAACUUGUUCAAGAAUUGGAGAAAAUGCGCAUGCUCGUAGCUAGAGUUGGAGGCCGGAUUGCACAACAGAAAAGAAGCAGCGGUGUCCUUGAAAAUUAUGAUUACUCACUUCCAGGCUCUGGUGAGAGAUUGGAAGCCCUGUUGGAUAUGCCUUGACGAAACCAAAAUACCCCAUGCCCAC